CACGUGCAGCGUAUGACGCCACCCGCCGUUCAACAAGCAGCACAACAAGGAAGUGUUUGUAGUUCAACUCGUUCGGGCGGAGCAGUUUCACGAUCAAAUGUUUUUCCUUGUAGCGCAGGAUGUCUGUUGAAAGACUGGAGGAGCGGACGCUGGAGGUGCUGGUGCUGCCCCCAGCAGUGGACGAGGAGCUGCUCUUUCUUUACUUUGAGAAUAAGCGCCGCUCCGGGGGAGGUUCCCUCGUCUCUGUGGAGAAGAAGGGUGACGGUGCCAUACUGGUUUUUGAAGAGGCAGAAGCCGCAGCCCGAGUGCUGUCUAAAGGGCACCAUGUUCUGCAUAAUGUGGAGCUGAGUGUGAGAAAGCCUGCCUCUAAGGACCCAUGUAGACUUCUGCUGCAGGGGAUCAACCCCAAGACCAGCAGUGAGAUGAUAGAGCUCUACGUGGAGAACAUGAUGGACAUCUCUGACUACGCUUUGCAUCCCUCACCGGGGAGAGAUUCCAUCCUCAUUCACCUCAGGCAGCCCUUCUCAAAAGAUUUCCAAAACCUGAGUGCAAAAAUCUCCAGGAGGACACUCGAUGGGGCUAAGGUAACUCUUAAACAAGUUGAGCAAACUGACUCCGUCCUGGUGAAGAACCUGCACCCUGGCACCACUCCAGACCUGCUUACGUUGUACUUUGAGAACAAGGGAGGUGGGAAUGUGAAAGUGAAGGAGGUCACAAUGCUCUCAGAGGGUACAGCCAAGGUGUCCUUUGUCAGUUAUGACUCUGUAGACUCUGUCCUGGAUCACCCGCACAAACUGGAAGGUGCUGAUCUCGUAGUGAAGCCAUACUUCGACUUUCUUCAACCUGCACAGAGUUUAACAUCGCAAGCCUCUGCAGCUGGAGGCCAAGAUGUGAAUGAGACAAUCUCAGAGGAUCUGAGUGAUAUGCAGAUGCAGACCAGUCCUCCUAUGUUGGUCAGAGCAAACAGCCAGCCCUACUCUCAGACGGCCUUGGAGCCUCUUGCUGCCCGUGAAACAGCAGAGGCGGCAGAGGAAGUCAUGGAGGCUCAAACGGAGGACGAGGUUGCACUACCAAGCCACAUUGCUAUCGCUGACGUGGGAAAACUUGCUUUGUUUGAACUUAGCACCUUUCAGCGGGACAUUGAAAAGGCUCACCCAAACAUCACCAUCCAAAUCAAAGACAAUGGUGUGCACAUUGCAGGUACUAACAGACAAACGUUUGAACAGAUCGAACACUCCAUCUUGGACUAUUUUGGCAAAAUGACUGAGACUAGUUUCACCCUCGAGCCAGAGAAGGCUGAGUUCUUUGCGAGAAAAGAUGUAAAACAGCGACUAAUACAAACCCUGAAUCAAACUGGGACACCUGCUGUGUACACCGUGUCAGACUGUAACAUUGUGGUAACCUCCCUAUCCCAGAACUCAGCUAAGCAGGCAUGUAGCUUUUUGAAAUCCCAGCUGGGUCACAUCAGCAUACCGGUGGACACGGAGUAUGAAGGCAUAUUUUAUUGCAGAGAGUGGUCCGAGUUCCUGAAGACUCUGAGCUUCUCUUCGGCAAAGGUGCCAGAACGAGGAGGGAAUAUUGAUUUGUUGACCCUGAAAGGAAUGGAAAAUGAGAAGCAGGCUGCGAUCCUGGAGUUUCUCACCACACCCAUCGAAAGGGAGACCGUCAUCUCUAUGGUGCCGGACAUGCUGAAAUACAUCCAGAUCCAUUGUCAUCAGCUGUUGGCUGACAUGGACCAAGUAUCUAUCUUCCCGCUGGAAGCAGGGGAUGUUUGUGGGUUAAAGAUCCACGGCCUCGCGAUUGCCUGUCAAAUGGCCGAGGAGGUGUUGCAAGGUGUGGUCUCCUCUAUCUGCACCAGAAUAAUCACAGUAAACGUUCCAGGCGUGACCAGGUAUUUAGAAGAUGAGGAGUGCCAGAGCAUCAUGAAAGAGAUGGAGAGAAAGUUUCAGGUCUACAUCAACCCAAAGUAUGUGCCCUGGGAAUCACUGCCAGAUCAGGACAUUUUUGAAACUGCAUGGACGUUGAUGUCCAACAAAAACUUCCAUAAAGUUUCUUCGGAUGAUGCACAGGAGUUAAGAUCUGAUCAUAAUGGAGGUGCAGCCAGAGGCCUUUUAGAGGAGGCAAAGAGAAUCGUCUCAUCCAUAGAUGAAAGACCUGAAGAUGUUGUGUCCAUUUCAGAUCAAGUUGAUGACAUGGAUAACGUCGACCUCUACUCAGCAGAGGAACCAACAGACCAGUACUCUGAUGGGAUAGCUGUCGAUGCCCCGUCGUCAACUGAAGGCAACUCUACGAAUGGGUUACGCCAGCAGAACGAUGACCUUGAAGAAGAGGCCCAACUGUCUUUAGCCAUCCAAUACUCUAUGGAGUCGAACCACGAUUGGUCCCUGGAGGAUGAGGAGGUACAGCUGCAAAGAGCCCUGGAGCUGUCCAAGAAGAUGAUGCAACAGGAAGCAUCUAGUAGUAGUACUAACAAGACCCCCCAGGGAACCCGGGUGAAGAAGCACAACCAAAUUUCCUUAGAGGACGCCAUCAAGUCAGCCAACACCCUACAGCUACAUGUGUUUGCAGGUUAUAGCUGUGACCUGAUUCGGGUGGACAUAGCCUUCGGGAAGAAGGUCAGCCAGAGACAGGUUGAAGAGAAACUGGAGCACAGGACUUUGAAGAACAUGUCCGAGUACCACAUGAAGUGCCUGGAGAUGAUCAAGAGGAAGCACGCAGUCGGAAUUCAAAUUCAGGGAACCAUAAUCACUGUUUCUGGCUUCAAGGAGUUUGUGACCGCAGCACUGUGUGACGUGAAGCUGCUGCUGGAAAAAAUGUCCAAUGUGGUACCCGACCAGGAUAUCCUGAGAGUUGUCCAAUGGGUGCAUUACAACCCAGUCUCUUCAAAGCCGAUUCCUUAUUCACCCGAUGCUACAAUAUUCAUCGAGAAUGUUUGGAAGAUGAAGCUGAAAAAGAUUGAUAUCUUGUUGGACAAUCAGCCCCACACCAUAGACUUUGAGAAGAUGCAAGAAUACAACAUAGCUUCGGGGAAAUCUGUGAAAAUCUCCAGGAAGUUGGUCGAUUUAGGGGAUUUGGGCGAGGAUGUACCAGAAGAGGAAUACUCUCUUCUGUCCAAUCUGCCUGAAGCAUCAAAAGUCGACGAGGAAUCUGAUGAAUUUCAGAAUGUGGUGAAGAACUUCUAUGAGACCAUACAGGAAUACCACAGCAAGAUCAGAAUCAUACAGGUGGAGAAGCUUAUGAAUCGACUGCUGUACAAUCAGUACAAGUUGAAGAAGGCGAGCGUACUGCAGCGUGCCACGUAUCCGGAAGUUGAGCGGACUCUCUACCAUGGCACAAAUGAGACGAGUGUGAAAGAGAUCUGUGUUCAUGGAUUCAACAGAAGCUUCUGCGGAAAGAAUGCCACAGUCUACGGUCAGGGGGUGUAUUUUGCCGUCAACUCUGCACUGUCUGUCCAGGAUCAGUACUCACCCCCGAAUGCGGACGGAUACAAGUUUAUUCUUGUGUCAAAGGUUCUAACAGGAGACUACACUAAAGGAUGCCAUUCAAUGAAGACUGCUCCGCUGAAGGAGACCGGUAAUAUUCCCCUCAGAUAUGACAGCGUGACCGACGACAUCACCAAGCCCACGAUGUUUGUCAUCUUUAACGAUACACAGGCUUUCCCUGAAUAUCUCAUAACAUGCCAGAGAAUCCACCGCUGAGGGAUUAGCCGUCAGUUAAUGACCGUCAGAUGUGGAGAAAGUGACUUUUGUUUUAAUGUUUAUGUUUUGAUUUUUAAAAAGUGCAUUUGAUUUUAUAAAGGGCUAAUGUGCUGUCGUGUACAGGUGGUUAUAAUACUUUGCUGUUGAUUUUUUUGACUGCUUUAUCUAGUUUUAGUCAAAGCUGAUCAAUAGAAACUUAAACAGCUGAAUCCAAAAGCACAAUUUUAAACUUGACCUUUCUGCUCAAAAAGUCUUAUUGUGCCGUGUCUUAAAACCGGUCGGAUGCAGCAGUUAUUGCAUGACAUUACCUGCUAAAGUCAACUUGGUAGAUGUUGUAACUGGUCACACACUACAGUGUUUGUUAUCCUUGCUUAAACAGGGAAACAGUCCAAAAUAUGUUGUAUCUAUGAUUCAAAAUAAACCAUAUAUAAUCUGUUGCUCAUAGUCCUUGAUUUGCCUUAAUACAUGUUAUUCGUAUUAAUGUAAAUUGAACAGUUUCGAUUUGUAGCUCUUCAGCCUGCUGACAGUGUACAGAACACACUGCUGUUUAACUGUGAUUACCAAAAUCAUAGACAAGUCGGAUUAAAUCUGAAAAUAUAGCCUGUAUUUUAUAUUUAAUUGUUUUUGGAUUCAGUUAUUUGAGUUUCCCUGAAAUAACUGUACUGUCCAGGAUCUGGAGGUUUCUCUUCAGGCCAUAUGAUAAUUGUUAAUAACUCCCAAAUGUAGUUACAGUAACUCUUUGAUAUGUUAGAAAAGCAGCAGUUCCAGGGCCACUACUUUACAAUGAAGUAAAUGUUAUUGAAAAAGUGAUCACCAUGUUGACAAAAAGAAAAAUAAUGUCAGUUAUCCUUUGUAAUAAUGCAGAUAAUUAUGAUUAUAAUUCAUAUCACUAUCUGUCUGCAACUAUCACAUCUAGUGUACACUUCAAAUGAAUGUAUAUUAUUAUUUUAAUAAAACGAAAUCACCCGUGAGUUCAGCUUUGUGUAUCGUGUGCAAAAACAUGAUGAGUCUUGAUUAUUAUUUUCCAGUUUGCCUUACUCGAUGCGUUGAAGAAAAGCAGCAGGAUUUAUGAACAUCAUGAUUGAAUGACUGUUUUGGAGUCAUUUCUUUCAUCAAUAAGUGCUUUGAGCAUAAGUCUUUGGCUUUUCUUAUGUCUAUGAUUUAUGCGCAGGAAUGUGUUUACCAAAGAUCUUUUUCAUUUUAUUUGUGACAAAUACUGUGAAAGCAUUUGUUUUGUUUUAGAAAGAAUUAAGAAUUUGCAAUCUUGAGAAAGAUCAUUGUUAUGUUUAAGAUAAUAAAGAUUCUUAAAAUGA